AUGACUACUAAACGCAACACCAAGGCCCCUGCGUCUCUCGAAACACUACCAGAUGAGCUCUUGCAGCCCAUCCUCGAAACACUCUGCCCCCAUUGCUACGCAACCCGCGGCUACCAGCAUAGGAGAGCCCGCGAAGGCGGCUUAGAGUCUCUCACCCUCACCUCCAAACGCCUACGCUCCAUCGCCUUACCCAUCAUGCUUCACAUCCCCGAAAAUCACAUUUCAAAUGAAGGCCUCCACAAGCUCCUCGACAUUUACCCAAGCCUGGGAGAUCACAUCAGAGAGUGGGAGCUGCCGCACUACUCACGCGACGAAGAGAUUUUGAACCCUGCGGUGGAAACUACACGAAAACUACUGGCCACAGUCGGUCAAGACUUUGACCUGUUGCAAGCUCAAAAGUUCGAUUACAACGAUUGGCCAGGAGCAGACCUCAAGUAUCUCGCCAGACGUUUGGGUAAACUUGGCGAUGGCACUGGCUUUGAGAAUGUCCGCCACCUGAGUGUGACGCGACCAUGCAGGACAACCACCUCCCUAACCGACGACCACAUCAUGGCUCUGUUAUGCAUCAUGCCAAGGUUAGAGCAACUAAGCCUAGACUCAAUAAUCGGCUUUCCAGAGUACGAGCGCUUCGAUAUCAACCCCAUCAAACCUGCCCUACACAAUCUCACAACACUGCGACUCCAAUGGUGCACGUUCGAGGGCACUGCUCCAAACUCCCACUACGGCGCCCUCUGCGAGAUGCUUAAGCAUACUCCAAGCCUAAAGUCAUUUUUCUUCUCUGCAAGUCCCUCUUCUGGUGCCCCUGGGUUUGUUGAUCAUGAUGUUUCCAUAAAGGACUUUCUCCUAGGGCUGCAACCAGUGGCGAAACACCUGAAGCAUCUCGAGCUAGACUUUUCACAUACAUGGUGUGAGACCGAGGAAGUCAAGGCGCCAAUGCUAGCCAAGUUCACGACUUUAGAGUCGUUUUACGUCAGUCUAGAGGGCAUCUGCCAGUGUGAUCCACGUUACGAGAACUUCAAAGAGGCCACCGUUCCCCCCUGCACAGCAGACAUUAUCCCUCCCUCAGUCAAGCAUCUCAACCUCAUCUUGCAGAAAUCAGACACAACAGGAUGCUCAAGAUGCAUCAUAGGUAUUGGAAAAAAGGUGGCAGAGGGGGUGCUUCAGAAUCUUGAGACGGUCAAGAUUGUCUACACAGGUUGGAGACCGCGGAGUUUCGAUGAGCCGUAUACUAGUGAUAGGUACGACGUGGUGGUUCAGAACCUGCAGGACUGGCAUGAGGCGUUCCAAGAAGGCCGAGUGUCUCUACGGUUCAAGAGUGAUAUUUACGAGUGGAUGCGAUAUCACAAGGGGGACGAGUUGGCGUGGAUGGAGGGGACAAUUGAGAAAGACCACUACGACUGGUAG